UACAUUUUACAUGUUAUGCUGGUUAUCUGCAAGUUCUGUUCUGCUCCAAAAACAUGCCUCACAUCGUAACAAAAUAUCCAUUCCCUUUGUUAGUUAGCCAUGGAAAACUCUGUUUCAUCUCUCUCACUAUGUUUCCCUCCAAACCCCAAAACCCACAUUUUCCAAGCUUUCAGCUUUAGACCCUCCCCACGAUCCCCACCACCACCCUCCAAAACCCACCACACAAAACCUCCCAGAUUCACCACCCCCAGAAAGCACAGAACCAAAAAGCCAAAACCCUUCACCGAAAAAGACGCGUUUCCGAGCUCCCUACCCCUCCACAACAAAAACCCAAUCUUCAUCUUCAAAGACAUCAAACGCUUCGCUCGCCAGAACAAGCUCAAGGAGGCUCUCACCAUCUUGGACUACGUUGACCAGCGCGGCAUCCCCGUCGACGCCACCACUUUCUCUUCUGUCGUCGCCGCGUGCAUUCGUGCCAAGUCACUGCCACAAGGAAGGGAAGUUCACACCCACAUCAGAAUCAAUGGACUCGAAAACAACUCUUUCUUGCGGACAAAGCUUGUUCACAUGUACACCGCAUGUGGGUCGUUGGAAGAUGCGCAGAAGCUGUUUGAUGGAUUGCCCUGCGAGAGCGUGUACCCGUGGAACGCUUUGCUCAGAGGGACUGUGGUUUCUGGGAAGAGACAGUACAUUGAUGUGCUCAAGACUUAUACUGAGAUGAGGGCAUUGGGGGUUGAGUUGAAUGUGUAUAGUUUCUCUAAUGUGAUUAAGAGUUUCGCUGGCGCGAGAGCAUUUUCGCAAGGAUUGAAGACUCAUGGACUUUUGAUUAAAAAUGGAUUGGUGGAUAACUACAUUCUUAGGACCAGUUUGAUUGAUAUGUACUUCAAGUGUGGGAAGGUUAGGCUCGCGUGCCGGGUGUUUGAGGAAAUUCCCGAGAGGGAUGUUGUUGUGUGGGGGGCGAUGCUUGCUGGGUUUGCGCACAAUAGGUUGCAGAGGGAGGUGUUGGAGUAUGUGAGGUGGAUGGUGGAGGAGGGAGUGAAGCCAAAUUCGGUUGUGAUGACGAUUGUUAUUCCUGUGAUCGGGGAGGUUUGUGCGAGGAGGUUGGGUCAGGAGUUUCAUGCUUAUGUUGUGAAAACUAAAUCGUACUCUAAGCUGGUGCCCGUUCAGUCUUCUUUGAUUGAUAUGUAUUGCAAGUGUGGGGAUAUGAUUUCGGCGAGACGGGUUUUUUAUGGUUCAAAGGAGAGGAAUGUGGUUUGUUGGACUGCUCUGAUGUCGGGGUAUGCUGCGAAUGGGAAACUAGAGCAGGCGCUGAGGUCCACGAUUUGGAUGCAGCAAGAAGGGUUCAGGCCUGAUGUGGUGACACUUGCCACUGUUCUUCCGGUUUGUGCACAGUUGAGGGCUUUGGAACAAGGGAAGCAGAUUCAUGCGUAUGCUUUGAAACAUUGGUUUCUGCCUAAUGUGUCUGUAGCUUCUUCAUUGAUGACGAUGUACUCCAAGUGUGGUGUUGUUGAGUAUUCUAGAAGGUUAUUUGAUAAUAUGGAACAAAGGAAUGUGAUUUCAUGGACCGCCAUGAUUGAUUCGUAUAUUGAAAAUGGGUAUCUGUGUGAAGCACUUGGUGUGAUUAGGUCAAUGCAAUUGUCAAAGCACAGGCCAGACUCUGUUGCUAUUGGAAGGAUGUUGAGUGUUUGUGGUGAACGAAAACUUGUGAAGCUUGGGAAGGAGAUUCAUGGGCAGAUAUUGAAAAGGGACUUUACAUCAGUCCAUUUUGUUUCUGCAGAACUUAUCAAUAUGUAUGGUUUCUUUGGAGAUAUUAAUAAGGCCAAUUUGGUGUUUAAUGCAGUUCCAGUUAAAGGUUCUAUGACAUGGACUGCUCUUAUUAGGGCCUAUGGAUAUAAUGAAUUGUAUCAAGAUGCAGUUAACCUUUUUGAUCAAAUGAGAUAUUCUCCAAACCACUUUACCUUUGAAGCCAUUCUAUCUAUAUGUGACAAAGCUGGAUUUGUUGAUGAUGCUUGUAGAAUCUUCAAUUCAAUGCCUAGAUAUAAAAUUGAAGCAUCUAAGGAACACUUCGCUAUUAUGGUGCGAUUACUUACACACAAUGGUCAACUAGAGAAAGCUCAGAGAUUUGAACAAAUGAGUUCUUUCUUGUAGAAGAGACAACAAAACCUUCUCCUUCUAAAAGAUUUAUAGAAUGCUGCACAAUCCGGAAUACAGACUUGUAACUUUUGGCUCAGAAUUUGUAGAUUGUCAUGUAUUUGUAAUUAUGUUCCAUACUAUACACUAGUUAUUUUAGUUAAUGAGAUGCAAUCUUAAAUGGAGGAAAAUAUUACCAGUACCGUGAA